GCACCCGUGACUCGUUCUUUCUCCGUCAUUUGAUUCUUGAAUUCUUCACUUUUCACCUAAAUCCAAAAACCAAAGUACCAAACACUUGACGACCUCACACACACACACGCACAUACACGUGUGGUAUGUGUGUGUAUAUAUAUAUGUAUAGGAACAUAUGCGCAUGAACACGCACACACACGCACAAAACAAAAAAACAAGGACCUCCCAGAAAACAAAUCCUUGUUUCUUGUCUUUUAAAUGUCCAAAUUCACCAAUUCAAACCCAUUUCUCACUCUCCUCCUCUCUCUUCUUCUUCUUCUCCUCUGUUCCUCAAGAACACAAUGCCACACAAAGGGGCUGAGAUUGCGGCCGAGGAACACGAAAAAUGUGAAUCUGAAUCGAACCCAAAACUCAGAAGAACAGUUCAUGAGAUGGGUCAGAUUUGUCGGGAGCUUGAAGCAUUCCGUCUUCAAGACAGCGAAGAACAAAGUGUUCCCUUCCUACACAAUCACUGUCCAUAAGAACCCUAACAAAGGAGACUUCGUCAAAAUCCAAGACGCUAUCGAUUCUCUGCCUUUCGUCAAUCUUGUCCGUGUCGUCAUCAAGGUUCAUUCCGGAGUUUACACGGAGAAGGUGAACAUACCGCCAAUGAAGUCAUUCAUAACAAUGGAAGGAGAAGGAGCAGAGAAGACGAUAGUUCAAUGGGGAGACAGUGCACAAACGCCGGGAGCAAGGGGCCAGCCUCUGGGCACUUUCAAUUCCGCCACUUUUGCUGUCAACGCUCCUUUCUUUGUUGCCAAGAACAUCACCUUCAAGAACACGACGCCGGUGCCGCCGCCGGGAGCGGUGGGGAAGCAGGCGGUGGCGUUGAGAGUGUCGGCGGACAAUGCGGUGUUCAUGGGAUGUCAGAUUUUGGGGGCUCAGGACACCCUCUACGACCACUUGGGCCGCCACUACUACAAGGACUGCUACAUCGAGGGCUCUGUCGAUUUCAUCUUCGGCAACGCCCUCUCCCUCUACGAGGGAUGCCACGUGCACGCGAUAGCGGACAAGAUGGGGGCGGUGACGGCGCAGGGGAGGAGCAGUGUGCUGGAGGACACAGGAUUCUCCUUCCUGAGGUGCAAGGUGACGGGGACGGGGGUGCUGUAUCUGGGAAGGGCGUGGGGCCCCUUCUCAAGGGUCGUCUUUGCUUACACCUAUAUGGACAACAUCAUCCUCCCCAGGGGCUGGUACAACUGGGGCGACCCUUCCCGCGAGAUGACGGUGUUCUAUGGGCAAUACAAGUGCACGGGGCCAGGAGCCAACCAUGCAGGGAGAGUUGCUUGGUCCAGAGAGCUCACUGACGAAGAAGCUAAGCCCUUUUUGUCUCUUACCUUCGUCGAUGGCUCUGAAUGGAUCAAAUUAUAACCUUUUUCAUGUUAUUAAUCAACCUUAUGAUAAUAACAAUUAUUAUGUACAUUUU